UUCCAUUUCCUUUAGAUGAAUAAAAAGGUAGUUUUCUUUAUCAAUAAUUUCUACCAUAAUGAAUCUACUGCUGUUUUCUCUCAGAUCCCUGUUAACAAGGUUCGUACAUAUGGUGACUUGCGGAAUGUGCUGAUGAAGAGGAUCUUUCUUUCUGCUUUGCAUUUCCGAAUUAACACAAGAUACCAGAGUUCGAAUCCCCCAUUUACGUCGGUGGAAUUGGAUCACAGUGAUUCAGGAAGAGAAGGUUGUACAGUAACCACUCUUACUGUCAAUGCAGAACCUCAAAAUUGGGAAAAUGCAAUCAAAGUUGCUGUGCUGGAGGUUAGAAGGCUUAAAGAAUUUGGUGUUACUAAUGGUGAAUUAGCCCGUUAUCUAGAUGCCCUGUUGAAAGAUAGUGAACAAUUAGCAGCUAUGAUUGACAAUGUAUCCUCAGUGGAUAACUUAGAUUUCAUUAUGGAAAGUGAUGCACUCGGUCACACUGUGAUGGAUCAGAGGCAAGGACAUGAUAGUUUGGUUGCUGUUGCUGGUACAGUUACUCUUGAGGAGGUCAACUCUAUUGGCGCAGAGGUAUUGGAGUUCAUAUCUGAUUAUGGGAAACCAUCUGCGCCGCACCCAGCUGCAAUUGUUGCAUGUGUGCCAAAGAAAGUGCACAUCGAUGGAAUUGGUGAAACUGACUUCAAGAUAGAACCAGAAGAGAUUGUGGAUGCUAUUGAAGCUGGUUUGAAGGAACCCAUAGAGGCUGAACCCGAGCUUGAGAUACCAAAAGAGUUGAUCUCUUCAGAACAGCUGCAAGAAUUAAGGUUGAAGCAAAACCCAUCCUUCAUUCCUGUUGACCAAGAAAAGAAAACGACAAAGGUUUAUGACGAGGAUACGGGAAUUGUGCAGCGGCGUCUUUCAAAUGGCAUUCCUGUAAAUUACAAGAUAUCCAAAAGUGAAGCCAAUAGUGGUGUGAUGCGCCUUAUAGUUGGUGGUGGACGAGCAGCUGAAACUGAUGAAGCCAAGGGAGCUGUUAUUGUAGGUGUUCGAACUCUGAGUGAAGGGGGACGUGUGGGAAACUUCUCGCGUGAGCAGGUGGAACUGUUCUGUGUGAACCAUCUUAUAAAUUGCUCCCUGGAGUCAACCGAAGAAUUCAUAUGCAUGGAGUUCCGCUUUACUUUAAGAGAUGAGGGGAUGCGUGCUGCUUUCCAGUUACUUCACAUGGUGCUUGAGCAUAGUGUUUGGUUGGAUGAUGCAUUUGAUAGAGCAAAGCAGUUAUACCUGUCCUAUUACCGUUCUAUUCCAAAAAGUUUAGAGCGGUCCACGGCCCACAAACUCAUGCUUGCUAUGCUGGAUGGAGAUGAACGGUUUGUUGAGCCCACACCAAACUCAUUACAACAGUUAACACUAGAACAAGUCAAAGAUGCGGUGAUGAAUCAAUUCGUUAGUGACAAUAUGGAGGUGAGUAUUGUUGGAGACUUCUCAGAAGAGGAUAUCGAGUCUUGUAUUCUGGAGUACUUAGGUACAGUUAGAGAAAGAAGAGGUUCUGAGAGAGCACAAAAGUACAGCCCAAUCAUAUUUCGACCAUAUACUGCUGAUUUACAGCAUCAACAAGUAUUUCUGAAAGACACAGAUGAGCGUGCAUGUGCUUACGUUGCAGGGCCUGCACCAAACCGUUGGGGAUUUACUUUUGAGGGGAAGAACCUUCUUGAGUCAGUCAGCAACGUUCCUGCAUUUACAUCUCAAGAUGGAUUGAUGAAUCGUUGUCCAGGUGAACAUCAAAAUUUUGAAGAACAACCUGGAGGUUUAGAGAUCACUGAAAAGAACCUGCAAGGCAAGUUGCGCGCUCACCCAUUGUUUUUUGCCAUCACAAUGGGCCUGUUGCAAGAGAUCGUAAAUUCCAGACUUUUUACAACAGUCAGGGAUUCUCUUGGACUGACAUAUGAUGUAUCGUUUGAACUAAACCUGUUUGAUCGAUUGAACCUUGGGUGGUAUGUAAUCUCAGUGACAUCAACCCCUGGAAAGGUACAUAAAGCUGUCGAUGCUUGCAAGAAUGUCCUUAGAGGUCUGCUCAGCAACAAAAUUGCCUCAAGGGAGUUGGACAGGGCAAGACGAACACUGCUUAUGCGUCACGAAGCUGAAAUAAAAUCAAAUGCAUAUUGGCUGGGAUUGAUGGCUCACUUGCAAGCAACAUCUGUCCCAAGAAAGGAUAUUUCUUGCAUCAAAGAUCUGACUUCACUCUAUGAAGCUGCUACUAUUGAAGAUGUAUAUCUUGCAUAUGAGCAGUUGAAGAUAGAUGAAAAUUCACUGUUCUCUUGCAUCGGAGUUGCUGGAUCCCAGGCCGGGGAAGCCAUCACAGCUUCCAUUUUGGAGGAAGAAUUGGUUGACGGCCUCCACAGUGUCAUUCCAGUGGGCAGGGGAUCAUCCACAAUGACACGGCCAACAACAUGAAGUUUGUAAUACGAGCAAAUUGCGUAGGCUGAUACAUAAGCAGGUUGAUAUACUUCCAUUGGAAAGGUUGCUCCAACUUUCUCAUGCACAACGCUUCCUAGACUUACUGUGGAAUCAGAGGCCAAGAAACGGCUCGGCAGGAGCCUGUUUAGGAAACUCGAGCCUGUUUAGGAAAACGCCGGAAUAUAACAUUACAUGGAUAGCAGCUAAGCAGUCUUAGAUGCGAUCAACUCCAUAAUUGUUGUACUUUGUACCCUUUUGUAUAUUCAAGAGGGAUGGGAUGAAUAACAUCUAUAGAUGAUUGAUUCUUGAUGACGGUACAAAGUGAAUAAAAUCGUGAGUUUUUUCUGUGAUGUUAA